UUGUGGGUGAUUCUUCGAGUCACUGAACAGGGUAAUGAUGACUUUGAUGGCUGAAGUGGGUUAACCACAAGAAGCACUUAGUUGUCGUCAUAAAUAACUCGCUCAUCAGAGUUUUCAAUAAACUUCCUGUUGAGUGGAUGAGUCACGCUUGAGAUGACCACCAUGAAAAGAAGUCGAAAAUUCGUUUGAAGAAAUAACUAUUUUAAAAUAAUCAGGAGUCGAGCGGUUUACAUAUAAAGAAGGUUUUGUAGUACCUGGUUUUUGGGAAAGUUCUGAUUGCUCGUGUUCCCGGGCUCGUGUUUCUUCCACACUGUAUGUUAAGCCGGCCCUCAACAAAGACCCCUAGCUGAAACGAAGUGUCUAACUGACCGGCUUUUUCAAGCAUCUUUUUUUGCUUACAUCAUCGUUCAGGAGGAAAUAGGAAACAGCCCUAGCUUAGUUUGCGUGCCUCUGGGAGUCAAAAAAUGUUAUGUGAGCUGGCUUGUGUUGAUUUAAUAACAUGGAAUUGUUUUGUUUAAAAUUGGAUUUUAGCAUUAUUACCUUAUUUGAAGAUAGCUUACCACGUGACUUGCCGCCAUGUUCGCUGAAGCCGCUCAAAGGUAAAUAGAAAAGAUGUAGUUGACCUAAGUCGUGUUUCCGGAAAAUCUGUGCAGUUUGGUUGUCUAAGCAUUUAGGAAACUCUCCCGAUGAAUGAAGGACGAUAAAACUGUAGAAAUGGGAAAGGAGAGUGCAAAUCACAAAGCAGUAUCAAACAGAAACUCUCGCUCUUUGAGAAUGGAACGUGGGCACCAUAUUGAUAGCACACCGUUAAGGUCCCAAUCAGUGGGUGCUGCUGGGGCAUCUCGCAUCAGACCCUUAACAGCACAUCAAAGCCCUGCUGAGCUGGAGAGGAAACAUUCACAGAUACGACGCAAACACUCUGGAAUUUUUGGGGCCAAACCAGCAUUGAAGUAUCCAAGGAUUGAUCAUACAACGAGCCUGUUUGGUAAACUUCAGUCAGCUCUUAGUGAAUAUGGCAGAUAUCUUGAAGAUGCUUUGAAUAGUGUAGAACCCAAGAGAAAGAGAAUUGUUGAGCAAAGGAUAAAGUUGAUAGAGUCCAGGUUACUGCAGAUUGAUGAAAUUUUUCAACUUUACCUUUAUGAGGAAAAGAUGCGAGAAGGCUCACGUAACCUGCUCAAUGCAUUGACAUUUCAAGGAUCUAAAGGAGGCCAAGACAAGUGUCGAACCAGUAUCAAUGCUUGUACAGAGAAAAUGUGUGCUAUUGAGGAAGAGCUUGAAUCUAAACUGGGAGUUUUUAGGUUUCAGUUAAAUGCUCUUUUAGCCUUUGGAAGACUCUGCAGUGGUGAUGUUUAUGAUAUACACAUUAAACAUGGAAGUAAUUUCAAAUGGAAAGCAAGAUGCAAGGUAGAAAGAGAUGGACAAAAGUGGACAGACAGUGAGUUUACCUUGAAGCCGUCGAUAACUGAUGACUUUUCUAUCAGGGUAAUUGAAAUGAGAAAAAUCCAAGCAAAUGUUCAAAUUGGGAACAUUCUUUUGAGGUCAAGAAACUACAUAAAAGCCAGACCACAGGUAGUUUCUGUACCUUUAAAUAGCACAGGCUCAAUGAAACUUAAGAUGACUGUGGAAUGGAGGCCUCUUUCUGGUAAGGAAGAGAACACCUUGCGCAUGAAAAGACAGAGUCUAUUUUCAGAAGUUAUUUUCAUUCAGGCUGCUACAACAACGUCAUCUGAGUCCUCUGCUGGCAGCCCUACAGAGAAAAACAGCCCUAAUGAGGUGAUGGAAAACGACAUCGUUACUGAUGACGGCCUCCCUUUACAUGUAGAUGAGCAAGUUGUGAUUGAAGAUCUGACAGAUGCCUCAGAAAUGGUAGACACAGAUCUUACUGAAGACAUGAAUGGUAUUAUUCCAGAGGAACCCCAGGAAUUCCGUCAUGCGACAUCUCUGGACAGUGCGCUGCAGCAUCUAAUUCCCACCUUGCAGACUAACAAAGAUCAAUUUCCUGAGCUUGAGGGUAUCAUUACACUUCUAGAGAAACUUGAGGAGCUUGUCAAGAAAUGUUCCUUGUCAAGAUCGUCCAUGUCUCUGUCCGUGGAAAGCGCGCUUGAGAGUUUUGAUUUCUUAGAGCAGGAUGCCGCGGAUGAGGCCGAAAGCACCCCUCGCAGUACCGCUAGUGGGGGGAGCGGUUGUCACGAUACAGGCUAUAACAGCACUGAUGACUAUAAUAAAGACUGUGCAGGGGAGGGUUCGGCUGAUGCUAGUUACCUUGUAGACUUUAUGAUGUCAAAUUACACAGGCCCCAGUAGUGGGAAGGGAGUAAAUGGAAUGGUGGAGGGCGUUUCUCAAAACGACGAACUUAAACAUGGAGAGAACGCUGAUACGAACUCUAUAGAUGACUCGCCGAGUUGUAUUUCGGAUAUAUUUUCAUCGCCAUCAUUAGCGAUGCCAGCUCAGAAAUCAGAUGAAUGUCUUCCCUCAAACACAAGCUCGCCAAGGAAAAGGAUUGGAGGAGGAACUGAAUUGUCAGAGGAAAGCCCACACCAUAGCAGCUAUAAGACUCGAUCUUCUCGGGCUACAAGCCCCAAUCUUUCCUCUUCGUAUGGUUCAGAGGCUACAGUAGGGAACAAAGUUUUGGAUAAGGUCCUUCUUUGUCAUUUACAGUUUUGUGAAGAGGUAUCUGGGUAUCUUGGAUCAUUUGGGCCGAUGAAGAACAAGGAAAUUUCAGCUCUUUCUAAAUUGCGACAGCAGAGAGAGGUUCUGGACACGCUUAUCAAAUUCAUUUUAUCACCCGAUCCAGUUGGUGGCUUGACGCUUCAGCAAAUUAAUCCUCGCUUGUCAUCAAGUCCUCCUUUGUGUUCUCUUUGGGAGAAAACAUGCCAGGGUUCGUUAUUAUUCACCACAGCUGGUCAACUUGUCAAUGGAUUUGAGGACACCUACAAGGAACAGAUAACGCAAAGUUACAACAGAGUGGUCGAUACAGUUUUUCCAGUGAUUGUGACGCGGGUUAUUCAUCAGGAUCCAAAUUUAACUGACGUUCAGUCAGAAGAGGAAGACAUUGUGACUGUGUUCCAGUUUGAACAUUACUUCAUGGAUUGUUGCAGGCGCAACUUGUCCAAGUAUAUCGACGAAGUCGCUUAUGAACUCGUGAUCAGUAAGCGUCUUCGUUCAACUGAGAAGGAUGCUGUUGUAGGGCAGCUGAAACAGUACACGGAGAUUCCUUUGUCAAAGACCUGUUUUUGUCCAGUGUUGUGCCUUCUACUCGAUAGCGAUUCCAUUGUGGCGCAGGCAGCAGAGGCGUAUUUGCUACAUUUGAAAAAGAACAUUGAAUUAAGAAACAAGGUGGGCUACGUACGUUUUGCUGUCGUAUGUGUAUCGUUCUACGAGUUUGUUUCUUUGUGUAGAGUGGAAAAUCUGGUUCUCUGUUCUCAGUGUACGAUAAUCUUACCGCACUCCUUAGACAUCAUGACCUUAAUGUAAUAAACUUUCCCGCCCCUCUCGAGUUUUCCUUGACGAUGAAGUUGAAACACAGUGGAAUUUAGCCGCGAUUUCUGUUAAGUGAAGGCGCCAGGAGUAUUACUGGCAUUCCAUUCCAGAAUUCACAUGGCAACAUUUACAUUGGUCGGUUGUGAAAGUUUAUUAGAAGUAAAUAGUCAUCAAUUUUCAUGAACACAGCGCAAUAUCAAUUCCGGUGGUUAAUAGCCUGCAACGCAGGCGUAUUUUGGCGAGUGAGCGCAUUUUGAUAAAGUGAGCGCCAUGUUGGAUUCAAACUCGCAAGAGGCUUGGGGAAAGACGAAAAGGAACCCCUCCCCGCCCAAUUUUUCCAAGACAACAUGGCGGCGAACUUACUCGAUCGCGAGCGAAUACCGAUAACUCGUGCCUGCACUGCAGGCUAGGUGGGUAACGCUUCUUUAUCUUGGAAUCUCUUGCUCGACUUGUCAACAACUGCCUGCGGUAUUUUCAACGAAAGUAAAAAAGGAAAACUCUCCGUUGCUGUCAUAGACACUGUGGGCUUUUGCAUACUGUGUCAGUCUUCUCGUGAUCAACCAAAGAUAAGUAGAUCGUUAGAACUUUAUUAUCAUGUCAAAAUAAAGUCCCUCACUAAUUGGGACAUCUAUACUGAGAUUAUAUACACGUACUUCCUAGAAAAUGUAAUUUGGUACUGGAAAAAAGGUUAAAAUGUUACAAAACAUCAAUGUAUGCAUGGUGAAAGUUAUUUCAUCGCAAGGCAGAUGGUGAUUGAGCUCUGAAGCUUGUUUGAUGUGCUCAAUUGUAAUCUCUCACGUAAAGAUACUGAAAAAGAGAGCUG